ACAGUGCAACACUCGACAGUCCUACCGACUAGGAGGUUAGAGUUGAUACCGUUAAUAACGCAACCAUGAAGAUUUUGAUUGUAGCAUUCAGUGUUCUGGCCGUAACUUCGGCUGCCUACUACGGGCCCCAACAUUACCCGGUAAUAGGCCCCAAUGGCGUCCCAGUGGAGCCUGUGGAGGUGCAAGCAGCCCGCGCUAACCAUUUAGCAGCCUUGUCAUCCGCCCAUGGCGGUGCGUCCUUCUACUCCGCUCCAGUCGCCCCUUAUACCGCCGUCGGUGUACCUGCCUUGGGACAUAACGCUUUGCCACUGGACACGCCUGAAGUAGCCGCUGCCAAAGUACAACAUUAUCACGAUUUUGCUGUCGCCGCGCAGAGAAAUGGAGUCCACGUCCCGAUCGCAGCUCCGUUGAUUUCAGGCUACCCUGUGGAUACUCCCGAGGUCCAGUUGGCUAAGGCUGCUCAUUUUGCUGCUCACGCCGAAGCUGCACGAGCCGGUCCAGGAUCUUACCUAGGGCACUACCGCAGACGUCGUGACGUCUACGGAGGCUACCACAUCCCAGUCAUCGGACCCAAUGGCGUCCCCGUAGAACCACCAGCGGUCCAAGCGGCACGAGCCCGCCAUUUAGCGGCCCUGAGCGAAGCUAAUGUUCGUGGUAGCGCUGCUCCUCAUGGUUACACCGCUGCUGCUUACUCCAGUCCAUCUGAACACCGUUAUUACGGCCCAUAUGCUGAAAUCGGACCUGAUGGACAACCGCAGGAAACUCAAGCCGUCAGAGCUGCGAAAGCGCACCACUUCGCUGCGUAUUCGGCUGCCCUUUCUGGCAACCUUGGAUACGGACACUAUUAACUUUUUCUAUCUUCGAAACUCCAUACCUCUCACAUUUCUUCUACCAUUGGGCAGUUUUGCUUAUUUCCAGACCAGUAAUAUUCGUAUAUUCAUCAUUUUAUUUUUCUUUCUUACUCUUCAAUCGUCUUCUUCGUGCUGAGCAUUAUUGAUCGGUGCUUCAUUCGAUCGGCUUGGAAUGUUUAUCCAAUGAAAUAGCCAACGGGAAUGUGUUUUAUACAUUUUCGUAUUUCCUAAAGGUAAAUAACCAGGUCUAAACUGUGGUCGUGAUUUCCGGUUACCCGAGCCAAAUUUAAUAUGGCGUUUAAUGUAAAUACCUGAGUUUUCGAAAAUUUGUAAAAGAAAUCAUGUGCAAUAAAGUUGUG